AGCUGCCUCCGUAGCAGCACAGUUGUAUCUGGCUGCAGAGUCUAGGACACUGUCAAGAGAGAGACGUGCCCUCUUUAGCAUCGGAAUCACCACAAUCAGCAGCACCAGCACAAACCUCCAGGCACACGGCAACUUGAGAACUUCAGGAUGCACAUGUCUCCAGUCUUUGUCAGCCUAACUCUGGGCCUGGCCCUCAUCUUCGGUGAAGGAUAUGCCUUGUACCACCACCAGUCUCAGGUGGCCCAACUGGCCACAGACUUCGGAGUGAAGGUGUUUCAGCAGGUGGCACAGGCCUCUAAGGACCGCAACGUGGUUUUCUCACCCUAUGGGGUGGCCUCGGUCCUGGCCAUGCUACAGCCAACUACAGGAGGAGAAACCAGGCAGCAGAUCCAUGCGGCAAUGCAAUUCGAGAUUGAAGAGAAGGGUGUGGCCCCUGCCCUCCGUCAACUGUACAAGGAACUCAUGGGGCCAUGGAACAAGGACGAGAUCAGCAUUGCCGACGCCAUCUUUGUGCAGCGGGAUCUGAAGCUGGUUCAAGGCUUCAUGCCUCACUUCUUCAGGCUGUUUCAGACCACAGUCAAGCAGGUGGACUUCUCAGAGAUAGAGAGAGCCAGGUUCAUCAUCAAUGACUGGGUGAAGAGACACACGAAAGGCAUGAUUAAUGACUUACUUGGUGAAGGGGCUGUGGACCAGCUGACGCGCCUGGUGCUGGUGAAUGCCCUGUACUUCAAUGGCCACUGGAAGACACCCUUCCCAGAGCGGGGCACCCACCACCGCCUCUUCCACAAGUCUGAUGGCAGCACUGUCUCGGUGCCCAUGAUGGCUCAGACCAACAAGUUCAAUUACACCGAGUUUUCCACCCCCGAUGGCCAUUACUAUGACAUCCUGGAAUUGCCCUACCAUGGGGACACCCUCAGCAUGUUCAUUGCUGCUCCGUACGAAAAAGAGGUGCCUCUCUCUGCCCUCACCAACAUUCUGGAUGCCCAGCUCAUCAGCCACUGGAAAGGGAAUAUGACCUCCCUGCCCCGUCUCCUGGUUCUGCCCAAGUUCUCCCUCGAGAGUGAAGUUGACCUCAGGAGGCCCUUGGAGAAUUUGGGGAUGACUAACAUGUUUAGUCCAAGCCAGGCGGACUUCUCCAGUUUUUCAGAUCAAGAGCUUCUCUACGUAUCUCAGGCGCUACAAAAAGUGAAGAUCAAGGUGAAUGAGAAGGGCACGGUGGCAUCCUCCUCUACAGCCAUUACUGUCUCAGCCCGAAUGGCCCCUGAGGAGAUCAUCAUGGACAGACCCUUCCUCUUUGUGGUGCGGCACAACCCCACAGGAACGGUCCUUUUCAUGGGCCAAGUAAUGGAACCUUGACCGUGAAACCCUCAUCUGGGACAGAACUGGAGAUAUAUCAGAGAAGAAACUCUGAAGAAAAGAACUUCUAUUUUAAUCAAUCUUUCUGGAAAAAGAGAAGACAUUUGCCUUUUUUUUUUUUUUGGUCUUUUUGUUUUAAAUGGUAAAUCUGCCUUCUAGACCUCAGCCUCUCCCAAGGGAAGAGAAAGAGGACCUCUCAGUAAAACUCCCCAGUGGAGACCCCGGGAGGGACCUCUGAAGCAUGGCUCCCUGAAGGUGGCCAAACCAGACUGUGAGACUCUCAGAGCCACUUGUGCAGCUGCUCUGCCUGCCUGGGUCUUCCACCUGGAUCCCACUGAGGCCUGGCAGGGUGGCACCAUAAGGCUUUACAGGAGCUUUCGUGUGCUUGGUAGCAACUAUUUGUGUUCCAGACACGCUGCCAUCACUCUUGCACUGUCUGCCACUGCUGAGGAGGCUGGCGGCAGG